AUGAGUAAAGAACAAGGCAACAUAGAUCCAAAAGAUAAUUGGGAGGAAGAUGCUGAGGCUGAGGCUACGCUUGUUGAGAAAACAACGCAGUUAUCUGUAAAAGAAUUCAAGUUAAAUACUUCUGCAAAGGAGUUCGUGCCAAGCUGGUUGCAAAAUACAACAAGUACUACGCCGGCAAACACUACUGCAAACACUACUCCAGUAAACACUACUUCAACAAACACUACUCCGGCAAAAAAUGCAGAUAAAAAGCCCAACGUUACGGAUCAGGGUGCCGAUGGCAUAGGCGAGGAAGUCGUUGACAGCGAGAUUGUUCAGGACUUAUAUGGAAAGGAGCAUCUUAACCUCGUAUUCAUUGGUCAUGUAGACGCCGGAAAGUCUACUAUGGGUGGAAAUAUUUUAUAUUUGACAGGCAUGGUUGAUCAAAGAACUAUGGAAAAAUAUGAAAAAGAAGCAAAAGAACUAAAUCGAGAAUCUUGGUAUUUAUCAUGGGCUCUUGAUACCGGAAAGGAGGAGAGGGCAAAGGGGAAAACUGUUGAAUGUGGUCGUGCAUAUUUUGAAACAGAAAAAAGGCGUUAUACAAUUCUAGAUGCUCCUGGGCACAAAAACUAUGUACCUAAUAUGAUUGGUGGCGCAGCUCAAGCAGACGUCGGAAUUAUGGCAUGUGAUUUCAAUGUCAUAUCUGCAAGAAAAGGAGAGUUUGAAACUGGGUUUGAAAGAGGUGGUCAGACGCGCGAACAUGCUGUUCUUGCAAAAACUUCUGGAGUCAACAAACUGAUAGUAGUCAUCAACAAAAUGGAUGAUCCUACAGUUGGUUGGUCCAAGGAGAGGUAUGAUGAAUGUGUUACCAAGCUUACACCAUUUUUAAAGUCAAGUGGAUAUAAUCCUGCAACAGAUAUUGAAUUCAUGCCAGUAUCUGCAUUUACGGGGGCGAAUCUUAAAGAUCGUCUAUCUGAAGAAGUGUGCAGUUGGUAUAGAGGGGCAUCAUUGCUAGAAUAUUUGGACAAUAUGAAAGCUUUGGAUAGAAACUUAAACGCACCAUUAAUGAUGCCAAUUACCGAAAAGUAUAAGGAUAUGGGUACAAUAGUCGUUGGUAAAAUUGAAUCGGGCACCGUUAAGAAAGGCCAUUCUGUGUUGAUAAUGCCAAACAAGCGAACUGUUGAAGUAUCCGCCAUUUAUAAUGAAACUGAAGAAGAAGUGAAUGUUGGUGUUUGUGGGGACAAUGUCCGGCUGCGUGUGCGUGGUAUUGAAGAGGAAGAAAUUUCAACUGGAUUUGUGGUUUGUUCAACUAAGCGAUCGGUAAAGACUACAACUAUAUUUGAAGCACAACUUGCUAUCCUUGAACACAAAAAUAUUAUUUGUGCUGGAUAUAGUGCAGUUCUUCAUAUUCAUUCUUGUGUAGAGGAGGUAUCGAUCGCUUCACUUUUACAUCUUAUUGACAAAAAGACUGGAAGAAAGUCGAAGAAGCCUCCGCAAUUUGUUAAAAAAGGUCAGAAAGUUAUUGCGAGGCUUGAAUCUCAAGGUCCAAUUUGCGUUGAAGCAUUUGAAGAAUAUCCACAAUUAGGAAGAUUUACACUUCGAGACGAAGGAAAAACAAUUGCCAUCGGUAAAGUUUCCAAAUACGUUGAAAUGGCAAACCCUAAUAUGAGUGCUGUUUACGCAACUGAUGAAUAUGGACGCCCUUUUAUCAUAGUAAGGGAACAACAGAGAAAGAAUCGUCUUAGUGGAAUCGACGCCAUAAAGUCUCACAUCUUAGCGGCAAAGACUGUAGCAAACAUUAUUAAAACCUCUCUGGGGCCUAGAGGCCUUGACAAAAUCCUGAUCUCCCCAGAUGGCGAUAUCACUGUAACAAACGAUGGUGCAACAAUUUUGACACAAAUGGAGGUAGAACAUCAAAUUGCAAAAUUAUUAGUUCAACUAUCUAAAUCACAAGAUGACGAAAUUGGUGACGGAACAACCGGCGUAGUUGUACUGGCCGGUGCCCUUCUUGAACAAUGUGAAAAUUUAUUAGAACGUGGAAUUCAUCCGAUUAGAAUAUCGGAUGGAUUUGAAAGAGCAUGUAAAGUGGCCGUCGAACAUCUAGAAAAAAUUUCUGAUGUUGUUGAAUUUACAAAAGAAAAUACUGAAAAUUUAUUCAAAACUGCUAUGACAACUGUAGAUGCUGUCUUAUCUGUUGCUGACUUAGAGCGUAAAGAUGUCGAUUUUGAACUCAUUAAGGUCGAUGGUAAAGUUGGUGGUUCUCUCGUUGACACUAUCCUUGUUCAGGGUGUCAUUGUUGACAAGGAUAUGUCGCAUCCGCAGAUGCCACGCGAGGUUCGGGACGCCAAGAUUGCAAUAUUAACAUGUCCUUUUGAGCCUCCAAAACCAAAGACUAAGCAUAAGUUGGACAUUACUUCUGUUGAUGAAUACAAAAAGUUGCAAAACUAUGAAAGGGAAAAAUUUGAAGAGAUGAUUAAACGUGUCAAAGAUACAGGUGCAAAUUUGGUUAUAUGUCAGUGGGGCUUUGAUGAUGAGGCAAACCAUCUAUUAAUGCAGAAUAAGCUACCUGCUGUUCGAUGGGUUGGUGGUCCUGAAAUUGAGUUGAUUGCUAUUGCCACUAAUGGUCGUAUAGUACCACGAUUUGAAGACCUUAGGCCUGAAAAACUUGGCGUUGCUGGUCUUGUGCGUGAGAUCUCUUUUGGAACUACGAAAGAUCGCAUGCUAGUUAUUGAGGAAUGCUCAAAUUCUCGUGCUGUCACUGUGUUUAUACGUGGUAGCAACAAAAUGAUUGUCGAUGAGGCUAAACGUGCUACUCAUGAUGCGCUUUGUGUUGUGCGUAACUUAGUUCGUGAUAAUCGAGUUGUUUAUGGGGGUGGCGCUGCCGAAAUUAGUUGCUCUCUUGCUGUUUCGAAAGCUGCUGAUCAGAUUUCAUCUAUAGAACAACAUGCUAUACGUGCAUUUUCCUAUGCUUUGGAUGCAAUUCCUAUGGCAUUAGCUGAAAAUUCUGGGCUUUCCCCAAUAGAAACUUUAGCUGAUAUCAAAUCACGUCAAGUGACCGAGAACAAUAGUCGCCUUGGUAUUGAUUGCACGAUGAAGGGGUCUAAUGAACAAUUUGUUUAUGAUCCUCUUAUUUCCAAAAGACAACAAUAUUUAUUGGCUACUCAACUUGUAAAGAUGAUUCUCAAGAUCGAUGAUGUAUGUAAAAUGGUUAUUUGGUCCUCUAGCUCUAGUUCGUCAAGUUCUAAUACCACUACCGUUUACGUUCUUAUAAAGCAUAGCUCUAAAAUGCUAGGAGAUAUGCUCGAGUGGGAUGCUAUCUCCGAAUUAAAGAGCAUCGGCUUCGUUCGACGAGAGAAAGUCGAUGACUUAACGUGGACUGAUCGCGACAUCGUUUACGCCCAUAUUGAAGUAACCCGUAGAUGUGCGGCUCAACACGGUGUUACAGCUGUUGGUAUUGUAGUGGGACCAACAGUGGAAGCUUUCUCACCUGACUCCAUAGAAGCGGCUAAAACAGCUGAUAUCUUCAUUCUUGUCGAGUAUAAACCAAAUUCCUCAAUACAUUCAAAAUAUUAUUGUUAA